AUGUCCAUCUCCGGUCGCGACCCCGUACUCGCGUGUCUCAGCGCACUCCGGUCGUCUCACCUCAGCCUCGGCCUCAGAGCCUCCUGCAGCACCUACGACGCUGUCGAGGACCACGACGACAUAGAAUGGGCAUCUCACGAAAACCUCGACGUUACCCAAUCCACCGCCCCCUCUUCCUCUUCCUCUUCCUCUUCCUCGGACUCGCUCAUCAGUCUAGAGGGUGAAUCGACUGUAGACGGCGAGGCAUCGGACGAUCCCCACUUCACCCUCAUCCACCAACUCGAAUCCGUCGUCUCCCAGCUCGCGGCGACUAACAGUGCCCUACGACGCGAACUGCAAGCCGCCCGCCACGAAGUAGCUCAACAGGGUGCCGAACUCGAUGUCUAUCGCCAACGACAGCGGCUCUACGAGCGGCACAUCUCGGAACUGAAGCUCCGUGGAGUGAGGACAGCCUCUACUAGCGGGGAGAACCAACCCAAAGUCCAGGAUAAGCUCGGUGAACCCACCCCCACCGAGACGACCGUCAGAAUGUCUAAGGGUUCCGAGCUCAAGAUCCUCUUCACGCUCGGCAGCGGCCCGACUGCAGGUCCCUCCUCUUCCUCCAAGUCGUCCCCGGGGCAACGAGCCUCCGUCGUCCUCAGCGCAGACAUCUCCGCCUUCGCCGAAGACGCCUCCCGGUCCCCCAGCCGGUCGAGCAAGCGCACCUCGAAGCGCUUCAGCCGGACCGCCGCGGCCGCGCGCAAGUACGCUAUCUCCCCGUUCGCCAAGACACCCGCCAUCCCGGACAACUGGGCCCAGGGGCCUCCGGCGCCCUCCCCGGUUAGCUCCCGUCUCCAGGACAAGCAGCUCGCAGUGCCCGGCAAACCGAAGAUGUCGCAGAUUCACAAUUCCUCCUCCGGUCGUCAGUCGUCGAAGUCCCGCGCGGUGUUGAAAAAGACGACCCGACGAGGGAGCGAGGCACCCCCGCCCUACUCCCCAAGCAGCUCCAAGCCACCCUCUCCCACCAGCAAGUUCGCGUUCCCGUCCUCCGACCCCUUCUCCGCCUCGGGCGACUCCGUCAUCGACCUCCCCCUCUCGCCCACGUCCGCGCUCUCAUCCUCCUCCUAUUCUGCGGAUGCGCGCCCGUCGCCCUCGCUCUCUUCCGCAUCCCGUCUGCCGAAGCUCGCCCCGUCCCCGCUGGGGCUUCACUCACCAGCCAUCUACCACGGCCACCUCCUCCCGCCAAAGCCGCCCGCCUCGACCGUGCUCUCUACCACCAUCUCCGCUACGGCCAAGGCCGCCGCAGAAGCCGCCGCUCCGACGACCCUCUUCGGCCGCAUGCGCAAGUUUUCCACCAGCAAACGACGUUCCUAG